AUGGGACCUUCCAAUUCCUCAAAGCCGUACCAACAACCCUAUCAAGCUCCUCCCACACAACACGAAGAUCCUUCUAUUAAGGAGAUGAUAUCUCAACUCUUGAAGAAAUCAGACAGAUAUGAACAAGAGGUUGCAUCACUUAAACAAAGUCAAUCAGUGUUGAAAAAAAGUCAAUCCAAAUUCAAAGUUCAGCUGGGACAAAUAGCCAUCACUCUAAACAGAUUAGAGAGAACACAAGGUCAAUUUCCAAGCCAAACAGAAGCCAAUCCUGGCAAUCAUGAUCAAGCCCAAGCUAUUACAACUCUAAGAAGUGGAAAAGUGAUUGAUAAUAAGAUUGGAAAUUCAGAGAUCACUAAUAAAGAAGAAGAUGAGGUCAUGACAGAACCAGGGCAGCAACUUCAUAAGUAG